ACCCGCGCGGCCGGAAGUUCCGCUGGCGGAUCGCGGGGCCGGGUCCCAGCGGGUCGUGGGCUCGGGCUGGGGCUGCGGGCGCGAAGCCUGGGAACGGAGCCCCGGCCGUGCCGCGCGGCGCUAUGAAGGGCAAGGAGGAGAAAGAGGGCGGCGCGCGGCCGAGCGCCGGCGGCGGCAGCCCCGACAAGAGCCCGAGCGCGCAGGAGCUCAAGGAGCAGGGCAACCGGCUCUUCGUGGGCCGCAAGUACCCGGAGGCGGCGGCCUGCUACGGCCGCGCCAUCACCCGGAACCCGCUGGUGGCCGUGUACUACACCAACCGGGCACUCUGCUACCUGAAGAUGCAGCAGCACGAGCAGGCGCUGGCCGACUGCCGGCGCGCCCUAGAGCUGGACGGGCAGUCGGUGAAGGCGCACUUCUUUCUGGGGCAGUGCCAGCUGGAGAUGGAGAGCUACGACGAAGCCAUCGCCAAUCUGCAACGAGCUUACAAUCUGGCCAAGGAGCAGCGACUCAACUUUGGGGAUGAUAUCCCCAGUGCUCUGCGCAUUGCCAAGAAGAAACGAUGGAACAGCAUCGAGGAACGACGCAUUCACCAGGAGAAUGAGUUGCAUGCCUACCUCACGCGCCUUAUCAUGGCUGAGCGUGAGAGGGAGUUGGAAGAAUGCCAGCGAAGCCUUGAAGGGGACGAGGAUGAUGGUCAUGUCCGGGCCCAGCAGGCUGGCAUCGAGGCCAAGCAUGACAGGUACCUGGCAGACAUGGACGAACUUUUCUCCCAGGUGGACGAGAAGAGAAAGAAGCGAGAUAUCCCUGACUACCUUUGCGGCAAGAUCAGCUUUGAGCUGAUGAGGGAGCCAUGCAUCACGCCCAGCGGCAUCACCUAUGACCGCAAAGACAUUGAGGAGCACCUGCAGGUGAGGCCCCCAGGGUGGACAGCAGGGCCUGUCCCCACUGAAUGGAUUCUCAUCCUGUUGUCACUGCAGCGUGUGGGCCACUUUGACCCUGUGACCCGGAGCCCCCUGACCCAGGAACAGCUCAUCCCUAACCUGGCCAUGAAGGAGGUCAUCGACGCCUUCAUCUCCGAGAACGGCUGGGUGGAGGACUACUGAGGUGGGCGGGUGCGAGGGCCCAGCUCCCUCUCGGGCCAGGCCUAGCCUGGGCUCCAGCCCCUGUACAUAGUUUGUGUCCCCAUACCCCUACCCUGUCCCCAACUUCAUCCUAAUUUGUUCUGCUUUCUGGGCCACAGCCUGCCCUGUCCCCCUACUGGGUAGGAGACAGCAGGCAAGAGUGGGCUGGGCUGAGGUCCACUGCUGCCUUCACUGUCCCUGUAAUAAACCUGUGACGCAAUGGG